AUGGGGUAUAAGGACAAGGACGAUCUUCGCUGGAAUGCGCGUAGCCGUGAUAAGUCGUUUGUGUCCUCGCUGCGACGUCAGGCCUCGAAUCAGAAAAUCGUCCGCGGUGUAGGCCUGACGUUUUUCGUACUCGCGUUAUUCUAUUUCUUCCGUUCCAGCGUAUUCGAAUCAUCGCAGACCAAGUUUAAUUACGUGCCCAUCCCAAUCCGACCAGAACGAUACCCCGUCGCAUCCUAUCUCCAACUCCCCAAAGGCGCAAAGAAGCUCCCCAAGAUCCAACAUGUGCCUGUUCCUGAGACUGCAGAAGCAAAGGCAGUGCGAUUGCAGAGGUUGAAGGAGAUUCGCGACGCGUUCUUGCACUCGUGGAGAGGGUACAAGAAGGAGGCAUGGGCGCAAGACGAAUUGCGGCCCAUUGCUGGCGGGUACAAAUCUCCGUUUUGCGGAUGGGCAGCUACAAUGGUGGAUGCGUUGGAUACGCUGUGGAUUAUGGAGCUGUAUGAAGAGUUCGAUAUUGCGCUGAAGGAAUUGGAGAACAUAGAUUUUACACAUACGGAGGGUUGCCAGAUUAAUCUCUUUGAGACUACGAUUCGGCAUCUGGGAGGUCUGAUUGCUACGUGGGAUCUCACAGGGGGAAAGUAUCCUAUUUUGAUGACAAAGGCCUUGGAGCUUGCAGAGAUAUUAUAUACUGCGUUUGAUACUCCGAACAGGAUGCCUUCUCCGCAUUAUCAUUGGUCCUCAACGAAGGAUAAUGCACACGAUCAUAUGCCAAGUCGUUCAGUCGUCGUAGCUGUGCUUGGUUCUCUGUCCCUGGAAUUCACCCGCCUUGCUCAAAUCACUGGGAACACCAAAUACUACGAUGGUAUUCAGCGAGUCACGGAUGAAUUGGAGAAGUGGCAAAGCGAAACUAAUCUGCCUGGGAUGUGGCCAUCCGUUGUAGACGCCACACAUGUCAAUGAAAGCAUCGCACUUGCGUCGCCAUAUGCGGGGACAGCGGAGCUAUUCACACUGGGAGCUCUCGCCGACUCGACUUAUGAGUACCUGCCAAAGCAAUUCAUGAUGCUCGGAGGACAAUCCAAGCAAACCCGGACUAUGUACGAAAACUUCAUCGAAGUAGCCCAAGAGCAUCUCUUCUUCCGUCCCAUGACAGUCAAAGAAGAAGACAUCUUAAUAUCAGGAACCGUCAACGCCUUCAAAGGCGGAGAACCACUCCUCAAGGCUGAACAACAGCAUCUAACUUGCUUUGCUGGCGGCAUGCUUGCCAUUGCCGGCAAGCUCUUUAACCGACCUGAAGACUUGGCAGAUGGGGCUAGACUUACAGAUGGCUGUGUCUGGGCGUACAGGAAUACAAUUUCGGGGAUUAUGCCGGAGACUUUCACAGCUGUCCCGUGUGAGGAUAGGAAGCAUUGUCCAUGGAGUAGCAAGAAGUGGUUUGAGGCUAUUGAUCCUGAUGCUGAUGACGCAACUAUAAGGGCUAGGAUUAAGGAGAAGAAGCUUUCGCCUGGAUUUGUGCAUAUUACGGAUGGGAGAUAUCUGUUGAGACCAGAAGCCAUUGAAUCCGUCUUUAUCAUGUAUCGUAUAACCGGCAAUUCCUACUGGACCGAUGCCGGCUGGGACAUGUUCCGCGCCAUCAUCGCGCACUGCACCACCGACAUCGCCGCGUGUGCCAUAGAUAACGUGCUUGAUGCUGCUCCCGUGCAAGUUGACGAGAUGGAGAGUUUCUGGCUUGCUGAAACGUUAAAAUAUUUUUACUUAUUGUAUAGUGAUGUCGGGGUCAUUAGUUUGGAUGAGUAUGUGCUGAAUACAGAAGCGCAUCCUUUAAGGAGACCAGUGUAA